AUGUGCCCUGUCCCAGUGCGCGGGUCUGUGGAGAGCCGGGUGCGAGAGGAGGCAGCGCAGCGAGGACGAAGCCCAGCGGGAACCAAAGUCGACCGGGGGACAGAGGGUCCGCGACAGAUUGGGUAAAGAGGCUGGGGCCACGAGUACCGCUGACACGCGAUGGGGAAGAAACAGAAAAACAAGAGCGAAGACAGUGCCAAGGAUGAUAUUGAUCUUGAUGCCUUGGCUGCAGAAAUAGAAGGAGCUGGUGCUGCCAAGGAACAGGAGCCUUCAAAGUCAAAGGGGAAAAAGAAGAGGGAGAAAAAAAGGCAAGACUUUGAUGAAGAUGAUAUCCAGAAAGAAUUGGAAGAAUUGUCUCUAGAGACUCAAGGCAUCAAACCGGACAGAGAAACUGCCACGGUAAAGCCAACAGAAAAUAAUGAAGAAGAGCCCACCUUAAAGCAAGAGAAAAAAAAGAGAGGACAGAAGGGCAAAAAACAAAGUUUUGAUGAUAAUGAUAAUGAAGAAUUGGAAGAUAAAGAUUCAAAGUCAAAAAAGACUGCAAAACCAAAAGUGGAAACGUAUUCUGGGAGUGAUGAUGAUGAUGAUUUUAAUAAAAUCUCUAGAAAAGUUAAAGGGAAAGUUCAGAAAUCAAAUAAAAAUUGGGAUGGUUCAGAAGAGGAUGAAGAUAACAGUAGAAGAACUAAAGAACUUUCCAGAGUAAAUUCUUCAGGUGAAAGUGGUGAUGAAUCCGAUGAAUUUUUGCAGCCUAGAAAAGGACAGAAAAAAAAUCAAAAGAACAAGCCAGGCUCUAGUGUAGAGAGUGGAAAUGAAGAUGAAGAUGCCUCCUUCAAAAUUAAAACAGUGGCCCAAAAGAAGGCAGAGAAAAAAGAACGUGAGAGGAAAAAGAGAGAUGAAGAAAAGGCAAAGCUUCGGAAGCUGAAAGAAAAAGAGGAAUUGGAAACAGGUAAAAAAGAUGCAAGCAAACUAAAAGAAUCUCAGAAGAAACCUGAAGAGGAGCCUUUAAAAUCCAAAGUCAGUCUAGAAGCUGGAGCAACACCUGCCUCAGAAGACAAAGGAGAGACUCCCACUGCGGCAGAAGAUGACACUGAAGGAGACAAAAAGAAAAAAGAUAAGAAGAAAAAGAAAGGGGAAAAGGAAGAGAAAGAGAAAGAGAAGAAGAAAGGACCUAGCAAAGCCACAGUUAAAGCGAUGCAAGAAGCUCUGGCUAAGCUUAAAGAAGAAGAAGAAAGACAGAAGAGGGAAGAGGAAGAACGGAUAAAGCGUCUUGAAGAAUUAGAAGCCAAGCGCAAAGAAGAGGAACGAUUGGAACAAGAAAAAAGAGAAAGGAAAAAGCAAAAAGAAAAGGAAAGAAAAGAACGUUUGAAAAAAGAAGGGAAACUUCUAACUAAAUCUCAGCGAGAAGCCAGAGCCAGAGCUGAAGCUACCCUUAAACUUCUGCAAGCUCAGGGUGUUGAAGUGCCAUCAAAAGACUCUUUGCCAAAGAAAAGGCCAAUUUAUGAAGAUAAAAAAAAGAAAAAAAGUCCACAGCUAGAAAAUAAGGAAGUGUCUGAACAGAUAGAAUUAAGUUCUGCUGUAGAAGUGGAAGAAGAAGUACAAGACAAAGAGAUACCACCUGCUGCUGAACCAGAAGAGGAAGAAGUAAAUGAGGACACUGGAUUGGAUGAUUGGGAAGCAAUGGCUAGUGACGAGGAGAGAGAAAAAGAAGGAAAUACGGUACUUAUAGAAGUAAAAGAAAAUCCUGAAGAGGAGGAAGAAGAGGAGGAAGAUGAAGAAGAGAGUGACGAGGAUGAAGAAGAGGAAGGAGAAAGUGAAUGCAGUGAAGGGGAUGAUGAAGAUGAAAAGAUGUCAGAUGAGAAAGAUGCAGGAAAAACAUUAGAUAAAAAGCCAAGUAAAGAAAUGAGCUCAGACUCUGAAUAUGACUCUGAUGAUGAUCGAACUAAAGAAGAAAGGGCUUAUGACAAAGCAAAACGGAGGAUUGAGAAACGGAGACUUGAACACAGUAAAAAUGUAAAUACAGAAAAGCUGAGAGCCCCUGUUAUCUGUGUCCUUGGACAUGUGGACACAGGGAAGACAAAAAUUCUAGAUAAACUCCGGCACACUCAUGUCCAAGAUGGUGAAGCAGGAGGCAUCACACAACAAAUUGGGGCUACUAAUGUUCCCCUGGAAGCAAUUAAUGAACAGACUAAGAUGAUUAAAAGUUUUGAUAGAGAGAACGUACGGAUUCCAGGAAUGCUAAUUAUUGAUACUCCUGGGCACGAGUCUUUCAGUAAUCUGAGGAACAGAGGAAGCUCUCUUUGUGAUAUUGCCAUUCUAGUUGUUGAUAUUAUGCAUGGUUUGGAGCCUCAAACAAUCGAAUCGAUCAAUCUUUUGAAAUCUAAGAAAUGUCCCUUCAUUGUUGCACUCAAUAAGAUUGAUAGGUUGUAUGAUUGGAAAAAGAGCCCUGAUUCUGAUGUGGCUGCUACUUUGAAGAAGCAGAAAAAAAAUACAAAAGAUGAAUUUGAGGAGCGAGCAAAAGCUAUUAUUGUGGAAUUUGCACAGCAGGGUUUGAAUGCUGCUCUAUUUUAUGAGAAUAAAGAUCCCCGCACAUUUGUAUCCUUGGUACCUACCUCUGCACAUACUGGUGAUGGCAUGGGAAGUCUGAUACACCUUCUGGUCGAAUUAACCCAGACAAUGCUGAGCAAGAGACUUGCACACUGUGAGGAGCUGAGAGCGCAGGUGAUGGAGGUUAAAGCACUCCCAGGAAUGGGUACAACUAUAGAUGUGAUACUCAUCAAUGGACGACUGAAGGAAGGGGAAACAAUCAUUGUUCCUGGAGUAGAAGGGCCCAUUGUAACGCAGAUUCGAGGCCUCCUCUUACCUCCUCCUAUGAAGGAAUUACGAGUGAAGAACCAAUAUGAGAAACAUAAAGAAGUAGAAGCGGCUCAGGGGGUAAAGAUUCUUGGGAAAGACCUUGAGAAAGCACUAGCUGGCUUACCUCUCCUGGUGGCUCAUAAAGAAGAUGAAAUCGCAGUUCUUAAAGACGAGUUGAUCCAUGAGUUAAAGCAGACACUAAAUGCCAUUAAAUUAGAAGAAAAGGGAGUCUACGUGCAGGCGUCUACUCUGGGCUCCUUGGAAGCUCUACUUGAAUUUCUGAAGUCAUCAGAAGUACCUUAUGCAGGAAUUAACAUUGGCCCAGUCCAUAAAAAAGAUGUGAUGAAAGCUUCAGUGAUGUUGGAACAUGAUCCUCAGUAUGCAGUCAUUUUGGCCUUUGAUGUGAGAAUUGAACGGGAUGCGCAAGAAAUGGCUGAUAGUUUAGGAGUUAGAAUUUUCAGUGCAGAAAUUAUUUAUCAUUUGUUUGAUGCCUUUACAAAAUACAGACAAGACUACAAGAAGCAGAAACAAGAAGAAUUUAAGCACAUAGCAGUAUUUCCCUGCAAGAUGAAAAUCCUCCCUCAGUUCAUUUUCAAUUCUCGAGAUCCAAUAGUGAUGGGAGUGACUGUGGAAGCAGGGCAGGUGAAACAGGGCACACCCAUGUGUGUCCCUAGCAAAAAUUUUGUUGAUAUUGGAAUAAUAACAAGUAUUGAAAUAAACCAUAAACAAGUGGAUGUUGCGAAAAAGGGACAGGAAGUCUGUGUCAAAAUAGAACCCAUUCCUGGCGAAUCUCCCAAAAUGUAUGGAAGACAUUUUGAAGCUACAGACAUCCUUGUCAGUAAGAUCAGCCGGCAGUCCAUCGAUGCGCUCAAAGACUGGUUCAGAGAUGAAAUGCAGAAGAGUGACUGGCAGCUUAUUAUGGAGCUGAAGAAAGUAUUUGAAAUCAUCUAAUUUUUCCACAUGGGGCAGGAAAUGGAGUCAAUGCAAUACUGUUGUAGUAUCACCAACAAAAAAACAACACGGACUAUUUGAACGCCGAUGGACUUAAAGAAUAUGGAAGGAAAAAAACAGGUGUAUAAAAAUGUUUUCCAUGAGAAACCAAGAAACUUACACUGGUUUGACAGUGGUCAAUUACAUGUCCCCACAGUUCCGAUGUGCCUGUUUACCCACUCCUUUCCCUCCCCCUCUACUGGCUGCUGUUUUAAACUUUGCCCUUCCCCAAAUUUGAAUUUUUAUUACAGAUCAAAACUUUCAAUUUUAUACUGAUUAAAUCAGUACUGCAGUAUUUGAUUAUACCGAGCUUUUGCAGAG